AUGUCCGCACCAGAGGCAGUCGGAGACUUCGGUCUCAUCGGUUUGGCCGUCAUGGGCCAGAACCUGAUCCUUAACGCCGCCGACCACGGAUUCACCGUCGUCGCCUUCAACCGUACCGUCUCCAAAGUCGACCGCUUUUUGGACAAUGAGGCCAAGGGCAAGAGCAUCGUGGGCGCACACAGCAUCAAGGAGUUCGUCGCGAAGCUCAAGAAGCCACGACGCAUGAUGUUGCUCGUCAUGGCCGGAAAGCCAGUCGACGACUUCAUUGAGACCCUCUUGACUGAGGGUGGUGUUGAGCCAGGCGACAUUAUCAUUGACGGUGGUAACUCGCAUUUCCCAGACACCAACCGCCGCACGAAGUACCUCGCCUCCAAGGGCAUUCGCUUCGUCGGUUCUGGUGUUUCCGGUGGUGAGGAGGGUGCCCGCUACGGUCCAUCCAUCAUGCCCGGUGGUAACGAGGAGGCAUGGCCAUACAUUAAGGACGUCCUCCAGUCUAUCUCCGCCAAGUCGGACGGCGAGCCAUGCUGUCAAUGGGUCGGUGACGAGGGUGCUGGACACUACGUUAAGAUGGUGCAUAACGGUAUUGAGUACGGAGACAUGCAGCUGAUUUGCGAGGCCUACGACAUCAUGAAGCGUGGUCUUGGUCUUUCUGGCAAGGAAAUGGCCGAUGUCUUCGCAGAGUGGAACAAGGGCGUGCUCGACUCGUUCCUCAUCGAAAUCACCCGUGAUAUCCUCUACUUCAACGAUGAAGACGGAACCACCCUUGUUGAGAAGAUCCUUGAUGCCGCAGGCCAGAAGGGAACCGGCAAGUGGACUGCCAUCAACGCUCUUGACAUGGGCCAGCCAGUGACACUCAUUGGUGAGGCUGUCUUCUCGAGAUGUUUGUCCUCGCUCAAGGGCGAGCGUACCCGCGCGAGCCAGAAGCUCUCCGGUCCAACACCCAAGUUCGAGGGCGACAAGAAGCAGUUCCUCAAGAACCUUGAGCAGGCCCUCUACGCCUCUAAGAUCAUUUCUUACGCACAAGGCUUCAUGCUUAUGCAGAGUGCCGCCAAGGAAUACGGCUGGAAGCUCCAGAAGCCAGAGAUCGCGCUCAUGUGGCGUGGUGGCUGCAUCAUCCGCUCCGUCUUCUUGAAGGACAUCACCAAGGCAUACCGCAGCAACCCAGAUCUCGAGAACCUGCUCUUCGACGACUUCUUCAACAAGGCCAUCCACAACGCCCAGCCGGGCUGGAGAGAUGUUGUCUCCAAGGGCGCUCUCUGGGGUAUCCCAACACCAGCUUUCUCCACUGCUCUCUCCUUCUUCGACGGCUUCCGAACCAAGGAUCUUCCAGCCAACCUGCUCCAGGCUCAGCGUGACUACUUUGGUGCGCACACUUUCCGCAUCAAGCCAGAGUUCGCCAGCGACAAGUACCCAGAGGGCAAGGACAUUCACGUCAACUGGACCGGCCGCGGUGGCAAUGUUUCUGCUUCUACCUACAAUGCUUAA